AACCUCCAUCGAACCCAGCUCCAUAGCAACUCCCAAGUUAGUUCUUCUUCCACCCGCCAAUGCGCGAGACUUCUGGACAGAGAACAAGGAAAGGAACAGGUACGAUACGAAGGUCGACUGCGACAAGUUCUGGGUCUUUCGAUUCUUUGCUCGGUUGCUCGUGCCGGAGCUGUUCGCCGGAGUCACCCGGGAUCCACCGGACCUUUCUUGAUCUGUUACCGGUUCUUGCACCUGCGGAUUGAGAAUUAACGCCUCGAGAUGUUCAAGAACACUUUCCAAUCGGGAUUUUUGUCCAUAUUGUACAGCCUUGGGAGCAAGCCCUUGCAGAUCUGGGAUAAAGAAGUGGUUAAUGGUCAUGUAAAACGUCCGCAAGAUGAAGACAUUCAGUCAAAUGUCCUUGAGAUUGUUGGCUCUAAUGUUCAGUCCACAUACAUCACAUGCCCAGCAGAUCCAGCUGCAACACUUGGCAUAAAACUGCCAUUCUUGGUUAUGAUUGUAAAGAAUCUGAAGAAAUACUUUACCUUUGAGAUCCAAGUGCUGGAUGACAAGAACGUGAGGCGGCGCUUCCGUGCUUCUAAUUUUCAAGCUGUGACUAGGGUAAAGCCAUAUAUUUGCACCAUGCCAUUGAAGCUAGAUGAAGGAUGGAAUCAGAUCCAGUUGAAUCUUGCUGAUUUGACCAGGAGAGCAUACGGAACCAACUACGUCGAGACAUUGAGAGUGCAGAUACAUGCAAACUGCCGUCUAAGAAGAAUCUAUUUCUCUGACCGCCUUUACUCCGAAGAGGAACUUCCACCAGAAUUUAAACUCUAUCUUCCCAUGCAGAAAAGUUAGGAACUUUGGGAGAAAGGUCUCCAGAUCAGUUGCGACACAAGCCGGACCUAUUGAAUCGUGUGUCGUGUAUGGUUAUCUUGUCAUGUGGUAUACGGCUGUGAUCUGUUGUAGUUAGCUAUGGAUGUUUCUUCCUCCUGAUAACUAUUAUGAUUAUGCCUAUGAGAAAUACCAUAUUAGAGCAGCUAUUUCACACCUA